UUCCAAUUGAGCCAGGGUCUGGUUCGCUGUGACGAGCUCCGCGAUGUCCUACCAGCAGUACACGCCUCACGCCAAAGGCUGUUCUAAGGGGUCUUCCCAGGGCCCCGCCCCGUGCCCCGCCCCAGUGCCCGCCCCGGUGCCCGCCCCGGUGCCGGCCGCUCCCUCCGCCUCGUGCUGCCGUGGCUGCUGCGGCGACGCGGGCUGCUGCGGUGACUGCGGCUGCUGCGGCUCCUCCUCCACCGGCUGCUGCUGCUUUCCGCGGAGGCGCCGCCGGCAGCGCCGGCGCGGCUGCUGCUGCUGCGGGGGCGAAAGCCAGAGGUCCCAGUGCUCCAGCAACAACCAGAACUCCGGCUGCUGCUCCGGCUGCUGCUGAAGCGGCCCAGACGUGCUGCGCUAAAGGGACUGCCCAGGCCGAGAGCCGCCCCGCCCGGACCUGCUGCUCCCCAACCCUGCCGCCUCACAAAUAGUAAUGACGGCUCCGGCGCGGGGCUGAGCAUCAGAGUUUGCCCACCAAGAAGAUUAACUGCACUUUGGGGUUCAAAAACCCACCCCGUUCUCAGCCGCGCAAAUCUUCCGGACUUCAAACUUGAUGCAGUUUUCCUUCCUGGGGAUCCGAGAGCCGCGGGUGGGACGCAAGACCCUACUGUCUUCCCGCGCUUGCACACAGCGGGUGCUCGAUAAAUGCUCACUGAUUUGAUUGUCCUUUGAAGACAUGCCAUAAUAAACCUUUUAUCUCUU